AUGCUACGUAUGCCGAACCCUAUAUGGGGUUAUCGAAAUCUUAAAUCAGUUCGCGAAUUGAUGUACAAACGUGGAAUGGCAUGUCCCAAUCUCUGCUUUGUGAUCGAACGGAAAUUUCGCGAAGCGCACGAAAUUCAGUGCGUUGAUUCACUUCACUUCAAGAAAGCCCCCAACUUCCUGUUGCUAUUCAAGUUCAACACAUCAACCCGAGGCUGGCGCAAGAAGGCUAAUCACUACGUUGAGGUUGGUGAUUUCGGUAGCCGGGAGGAUAAGAUCAACAAAUUGCUGCACAAGAUGGCUUAA